AAAAUCCAGUUAUUGAAAAUUGUACCGAAUAUUGAACAUUGCGCAUGUAUAACAAUUCUAGGAUCAUGAUGAAUCCAACUGGUAGUCAGGCAGUAAGCGAUGCCGCAGCACCGGUUGAAACUGAAAAACAGCUGAAAAAAGAAGCAGAAAAAGCAGCCAAGUUGGCCAAACUGCAGGAAAAGUUGAAUAAAAAGCAACAGCAGGAGCAACAACCGUCUGCGAAACCAAAAACCGAGAAAAAAGUCAAAGAUGCAAAAGAAACAAUUACUUACACUGGUUCAUCAAAGGAGGGUGAAAAAAAAGAUUUAUCUGGGCCUUUCCCGGACGCUUAUAGCCCACAGUAUGUGGAGGCAGCAUGGUAUAGCUGGUGGGAGAAGGAAGGAUUUUUCAAGCCUGAAUAUGGGCGCAAAUUGAACAACCCAAAUGGUCAAUUUGUAAUGGUUAUACCUCCUCCGAACGUCACUGGUUCGUUGCAUCUUGGACACGCUCUGACAAAUGCCAUCGAAGACGCUAUAACACGAUGGCAUCGUAUGAAAGGCCGCACAACACUAUGGGUACCAGGUUGUGACCAUGCUGGAAUUGCAACACAAGUAGUCGUAGAAAAAAAGCUGUGGAGAGAGCAUGAACAAACACGACACGAUCUGGGCCGUGAGAAAUUUAUCGAAAAGAUUUGGCAAUGGCGUAACGAGAAGGGUGAUCGGAUUUAUCAUCAACUUAAAAAGCUAGGCUCCUCGUUUGAUUGGGAUCGAGCCUGCUUUACUAUGGAUCCUAAAUUAUGCAAAGCAGUAACGGAAGCUUUCGUUCGAAUGCACGAAAUGGGAAUGAUUUAUCGUAGCAGCCGUCUGGUAAAUUGGUCCUGCACAUUACGUUCAGCUAUUUCUGACAUCGAAGUAGACAAGGUAGAAGUUACAGGACGUACGCAAAUGGUUAUACCAGGCUACGCCGAGAAAGUAGAGUUUGGGGUACUUGUUUCAUUUGCCUACAAAGUAGUGGGCAGCGAAAAGGAAGAAAUCGUGGUUGCAACGACACGCGUUGAAACUAUGCUCGGAGAUUCAGCCGUUGCAGUGCAUCCCAAUGAUGAGCGUUACAAACACUUGCAAGGAAAAUACGUUCAACAUCCAUUCUGCGACCGAAAGCUACCCAUCAUAUGUGACGAGUUUGUUGAAAUGACUUUUGGAACGGGUGCAGUAAAAAUUACUCCAGCGCAUGAUCCAAACGAUUAUGAAGUCGGAAAACGGCAUAAUCUCCCGUUUAUCACAAUAUUCAGCGAUGAUGGGAUAAUUACGGGUAACAAUGAUGGAUUCACUGGUAUGAAGCGCUUUGACGCGCGUAAAGCUAUUCUGAAGGCACUACAGGAAAAGGGUUUAUAUCGCGAUACAAAAGAUAACCCGAUGGUAGUGCCAGUGUGCUCAAGAUCAAAAGAUAUUGUAGAACCUUUAAUAAAACCGCAAUGGUACGUGAAGUGCAAUGAAAUGGCAGCUAAAGCAACAGAAGCUGUUCGCACUGGCGAACUUGUGAUCACCCCUGAGGUGCAUUCAAAGACCUGGUAUCACUGGAUGAACGAAAUCCGUGAUUGGUGUGUAUCACGGCAGCUCUGGUGGGGUCAUCGAAUUCCGGCUUAUCAAGUUGUUUUCAAGGAUCCAUCAAAAGCGCCAAAGAAUUUGAGUGAUGAAGACCUUUGGUUUGUUGGUCGAACGGAAGCCGAAGCACUGAAGAAGGCAGUUUCUUCAUUGAAAGUAGAUAAAUCGCUUAUCACGCUCAAACAAGACGAUGAUGUGCUUGACACAUGGUUCAGCUCGGGCCUAUUCCCGUUUUCCGUGUUUGGUUGGCCGGACAAUACGGAUGAUUUAAAAUUAUUCUAUCCUACAACGUUGUUAGAAACAGGACAUGACAUUUUAUUUUUCUGGGUAGCCCGGAUGGUGUUCUUCGGACAGACACUCCUUGGUAAACUUCCCUUUAAGGAGGUAUUUCUCCAUCCAAUGGUGCGUGAUGCUCAUGGCCGCAAAAUGUCUAAAUCAUUGGGUAACGUAAUUGAUCCGAUGGACGUUAUAACAGGAAUUUCACUUGAAGGAUUACACAUGCAGUUGCUUGAUUCUAACCUUGAUCCGAGAGAAAUAGAGAAAGCCAAAUCUGGCCAGAAACAAGACUACCCCAGUGGCAUUCCCGAAUGUGGUACAGAUGCGCUGCGUUUUGCACUAUGCGCGUAUAUGACACAGGCACGAGAUAUCAAUUUAGAUAUUCAACGUGUUCAAGGAUAUCGAUUCUUCUGCAAUAAGCUAUGGAAUGCUACAAAAUUUGCUCUAAUGUAUUUCCCGGGUUCCGAAAAGUACGAUAUCAUAACAAACAUGGAUGACACUGGCAGCGAAAUUAAUCGGUGGAUACUUUCACGGCUUGCCGGUUGUAUUGAGAUCUCAAAUCGCGCCUUCGAAAAGUAUGAAUUUGCUCAGGCAACCAAUUCUUGCUACAACUUCUGGCUUUAUGAUCUAUGUGACAUUUAUCUGGAAUGUUUAAAAGCCGUUUUUCAAACGGAUAAUGAACAUGCGAAGUCUACAGCACGUCGAACACUUUAUACCUGUCUGAAUUUGGGAUUGAAACUCUUAUCGCCUUUCAUGCCAUUCAUAAGCGAAGAGCUGUAUCAGAGAUUGCCUAGGGGAGACUAUGCAACCGUGGCUAGUAUUUGCGUUGCACCCUUUCCAGAGCCGAAGAUGUGCUGUUGGAAAAAUGAAGCAAUUGAAAAAGGAUUUGAAUUUGUUCAAAAAACGGCUCGCGACAUACGUUCUGCACGAAGCGAUUACAAUAUUCCUAAUAAGACUAAAACAGAUGCAUAUUUUAUCUGCAGUGACGAGGGUGUUCGUAGCAUCUUGGAAAGGUUCCAGCUAGAACUGCAAACGAUGGCAUUCUCUCAGGUUCAUUUCGGCACGGUACCUCCAUCAGGUUGCGCAAUUUUAACUAUCUCUGGGCAAUGUGUAGUGCAUCUCAUGUUAAAGGGCUUAAUUGAAGUUGAUAAAGAAAUCGAGAAAAUGACGAAAAAGCAAGAAAUUCUUCUACAAUCAGUAGCCAAGCUACAGCAUGCAAUGAUUGUACCGAAUUACUCAAGUAAGGUACCAGAGGACAUUAGAAAAGCAAAUCAAGAAAAACUCGACCAAUCAAAGGUGGAAAUUGAGCGUUUAUCCGUUGCAAUUGAUACACUGAAGAUCAUGUAAAUGAUUUGCAUUUUGCUAUUUCUUUUUUAUUGUCUCAUAUAUGGUCUAUUUUCUUAUAUCUAUUACAUAUCCAAAUAUUAUGGGACAACAUGUAUGUUAUUGUUUGAACUCGAUUCUAAAAUAUAUA